CUCUUUGAAUCAAUACGCGCGCGGGAAGGACUGCUUGCAGUACAGAGAAUCUCGAGGAGUUAUAUAUAAAAAGUAACUAAAAUACGACGUUCUAAACAUUAUCAAGAAUUGCCUGUUUAUUAUGAGAUUGUAAGCGAAUACUAUGUUCCACAUAUAGCCCGCGUCUGCUUAUUUCAGUGCGUGAGGGAUUGUAAACACAGAAUGAAAUCCAGCAAGAGCACUAAAGCGAAGCCUGCCAAAGAAGAAGAGUGUGGAAUAUGGCUCGACACUAAAGAGUUAAAGGAGAAGAAACAACAGUUGAGGCCGAAAUCCAGACUGGUGUUCAGUUCACUGGCUCUGAGUUUCACUCAGACGAAACUCCACAUGCCCGUCACGAGACAGAGCGUUAUAUCAUCCUUCUUUACUCACACACACACAGACCCGAACCGAAGUGCGACACACACCGGGAACAAACGCAAACAUGACAUGACCUCGGACUCAACCCGUCCAACAUCUGAGCUGGACCUGCAGAACUGGGACGGAGAUUGUGAAGGGUCAUCAGACAAGGACCAAAAAGAGCAGCGUUUCUUCCAUUUGAUUGGCGGAGAAGAGUCGGAGGCCGAGGAACCGCCUAAAAAAAGAAGACAUGUUGCCCAUUAUACACAAGAACAUGACCAAAGUUUGUUAAAGACUCAAGAACAUCAGAAUAAAGAAGAGAAUCCAAAUAAAAGGGUUCCUGAAACGCAGCCUUUCUUCCAUGGAGGUCAGAAAGCCACAGUUAAGGGGCAUGUCUUAACCUCUCGACCUGUCAAUCAAACCCACGAGAGGCGGAGUGCUAGAGCGUCACCCUUGAAGCGGAUGGGGAAGGAGAACGCCCGGCCCUACUCCAGUCCGGCUAAGAAGAGAUACACACUCCCGUCCCCUGAGAAGUGUGUGAGCGCAGGGGAAACUGUUGCUUUGCUGUUCACUCAGGACUCAGAGGGCUUGUGCGUGAUCGCCCAUCGAGACCAGCACUCGCUGAAGGAGCGCACACACACAUCUGAGGACAAGAGCGACGGGUGUAGUGUGUGUGCUUCAGUUAAGGAGGAGGAUGAUGAUGAUGAUGAUGAUGAGGAGGAGGAGGUGCUGUUCACUCAGGACUCAGAGGGAAACAUGGUCAUCAAGCAUUAAACACGUGUGUGUGUGUGUGUGUGUGUGUGUGUGUGCGCUUCUGUUGAAGAGGAGGUGCUGUUCAUUUAGGACUCAUUAAACACAUGUGUGUGUGUGUGUGCGUGCUUCAGUAAAAGAUGAGGAGGAGGUGCUGUUCACUCAGGACUCAUUAAACGUGUGUGUGUGUACGCUUCAGUAAAAGGAGGAAUCAGAUGUUUUUCUCUCAGGAGGACUCAAGCAUUAAACACAUGAGAAUUACCACAAAACAGGAGUUUAAAUGCUGGAUUUUUUUAUAUUUAAUUUUUUUUUUUAUCUUACAACAUUGUGGGGGUUUUUUUUAAGGGUAACUCGGGUUUGUGUGAGUUAGAGUGUGUAUGUGUGUGUUCAGUAUGUGUUAGUAAAGAG